AUGAUCUCAGAGAAAGAAAUGAUAUCCGUUGUUGUUUAUCUCAGUCAUAAGAAGAGAACGUUAGAUCUGGCUAUGAGGUUUCUCAUUGGUUCCGCUGCGCUGGCUAACAAAGGCCUCAUCCAGAAAAACAAAAACCAAAACACCCAAGUUGAGCAAUUAUCAGCCAGUAAUCUGUUUUACCAGUAUCUCGACCAGCGGGAUCGAGAGAAAGGUCUCAAUUCUACCCUCGGGAAUCUGGAGCGGGGCUUCCGCAGAUUACAGUGCAAGAAAGAGUUACAGGAGGGAGACGACUCUGCUCGUGCAUUAGACAUAAGAAGAAUUCACAGCGAGCAUGGCGCCGAUUCAAGAAACGGAUUUCGCCCAGCCCAUUCAGAAAGAGAGCGAGGCAUGAAAUGCAUGAAAUUCUGGCGAAGACUGAAACAGAGUGGGACGGCGUCUUCUCGCCUACUUGAAGGCCCCGGGAGACGAACGAACUACUCGUUCUCGCAGGUCCUUGCCAGUGACAGCGCCAACGCCGUUUACAUGCUCCUCCUUCCUCACCCACACCCAAAAGUCCAUCAUGGCCAUGACGGCACUGAACUAAACCCAGAUCAAGGCCGAAAACGCAAUCAGAUCCCACGCGUCGGUCGGUGUCAACAGCGGAAUUCUCUCCAACGAAUUCUCACCAUACCACCUGUACGUUUUACGUCUUUCUUUGGCAAAGUCGGGUAA